AUGUUAUUGUUUCGUCGUAAGAAAAAAUAUAAAUAUCAUGACAUUUUAUUGACAGUUGAAUCUACUGAUGAUUUUGGAUAUCAUUCAGAGUGUCUAAAAAAAAUUACAGUUCUGAAGCAAAAAGAUAAAGAAGAAUUCGAAGAUUUUUGCAAAACACAAGCUAUCCCGAGCCUCCCUUCAGGUCUUCAUGAACAAACUAUUCCUGCUGUAAACUGUGAUCUAGAAGAAUCAAGGGCUACAUUAAACGAUCAACCGACUACACUUUCAGUAGACGAACAGCUUAGUACGACUGCUUUAAACGAGCAGCCUAGUACAUCUGCGCAGGAGGAUGAUCAUUCUCAGUGUAUUCAAAAUUUGUCAUCUGCUGGUACAAUAUCCCAGCAAGCUAAUUCAUCAACAAUUAUAAAUAAAAAGUCAGCCUGCCUUUUUUGUGAUCAUGUUGAGAAAAAAGUUGGUAAGAGACGAACUUAUGUAACAUUCCCGCGAUCAGAAGCAACGGUUGAAACAAUAAAAUCAAUGGCCGGGAAAUCGAAUGACUCAAAACUAUUAGCGAAACUAGAAAGCCCUCAAUCUAUUGCUUAUCAUUCGACUUGUUUGUCAUCGUAUCAGAUUUCACUGAAACGAAAAUAUGAGGAACAUCCAGAGCCAGGAUAUUGGCACAAAAAUCGCCAAUUUCACCAGUUAGCAUUCAAUGCAAUUUCGGAAAUAAUAAAGGCGGAAAUUAUUGAGAAAAAUCGCGUUAUGUAUCUUACUGAUUUGUUAUUUCAGUAUAAAUCAUUGCUGUUGGAAUUUGCUGAAGGUCAAGUACGCGCUGAAGAUUUACAGGAAUAUCGUGCUGAAAACUUAGAAAAUAAAAUUAUAAAAGCUUUUGGCGAUCGAAUUACUGUAGAGUCAUCCAUGGGGACACCAAAAAGGAAAAUUGUCUAUCAGUAUGACAUGAACACGUCACGAUUAGUUAGUGAAAUAGCUAAGUUAGAAUCAAAUGAGAAGAAUCGAUGCAGAGAUGUCGCUUACGAAUUGCGAAACUGUAUAACAUCUGUAGGAAGUACGAAGCUGCCAGAUGAAGAUAUUAUUCUCGGAGAGUGUAAUAUUCCAGAACAACUUUUUAAUUUCGUGUGCGACUUAGUUCAAGGACCAGAUACUCGUCGUAAAAAUUCAAGUGACGACUUAGGUGCCAUAUACGUGCCAGUAGCUGACCACAAUCCAUUAAGAGCGGGCCCAAUGGCAGAAGAGACAACAACUCAAGCGGCAGCAGUUCAGGCAACACCGUAUCCUAAUUAUGAAACCAUACAGACCGUCUUGAGGAAUGUCGCUGUGAAUAGAACUAACGAAAUGGAUUGGCUCGCAGUUGAAGCCGUCACUCUGAACGUUAAAGGGGCUUCGGUUAAAGCCUGCCGAACCAUGAAUUGCGACAGUACGUGUAGAAGACACUCUUGCCAACAAUCAAGAAAUGGAGCAUAUAUAAAGACAAUCCCAUAUUGGGAACAAAAUCAACAAUCUGAAUACGGCGCUCAAGGUCCUGGAUUCGGUGGGCCUGGUGGGCCUGGUGGGCCUGGUGGGCCUGGUGGGCCCGGUUGGCCUGGUGGGCCUGGUGGACGUGGAGGACCCGGUAGACCCGGUGGCCGUUCAAGAUCUGAUGACUACGAAUCUUAUGACUAA